AUGCGGGCCAAGGCGUCGAGUCGCGUUGACAACGAGGAAGAUCUAUCGCGCCGGAGAGACGAUCAGAAAUUUGAACGGUCGAGAUGCGCGAGACGCCCCGCUCUCGCCGGCACGAGGGCGUCCAGCAACACGCGAGAGCAUGACCCCUCGGCGAAGAGCCCCGCCUCACCCUUCACAACCGUCGUGUUGACGGGUAGCAAUGGCAGCACGGAUGCCCUGCCAGCUUCCUAUCACUCCUACGGCUCUUGUGGAAGGCGCGCCGUCGCAAACCCGGCCGGCAGCGUGCCGGCCUUUAUAGAGAGCGAACUGUCCCUCGGCCGCCUCGGUGAGAUGGACAGGCAUCUGUGGUUUGCUAGCACGAAGCGUCCCGCCACGCAGCUGCAUUGGCAGGUCGCCCUGGGCUGGCCGGGCGGCAACCUAGCGUGCCGUGAUGCCUGUACGCAUGAGAGCCCUCCGGUCCCGUGCAGGCGGGACCCGCGAGCCGUCGCUCUGGGCUUUCUCUACACGUACGCCUGUCUACUCUCGUCCGAGAGUGACUUCCACGUUGCCAACGAGAAGCUUCUCUUGCCUCGUGACGCAAGCGACGUAACGAUCACAUGGGGAGAGUGGAAGACGCUGGCCAGUGAGCUCCUCGGAACGCAUGACCCAAGCCAGGUCCAUCCUCGCUUUCUGCGUGCCGAGCUCCGGCUCUCCCGCAUCAACACCAUCCACCGCUUCACCCGCCUCCCGCCCUUCGCCCCGUAUCUCCGCGGCUGGCGCAACCACGGUAGUCUCUUCGGCGACAACCUCGCCUACCUGUCAUGGCUCCUCCAGAAGGCGCCGCCGUCGGGCACCCCAACUGGGGAUAUCACGAGAUCGCUAUUCACGUGGUUUCCUAAUUAUGGUGACACGAUGGCGCUCGACGCUGGACGCUACACGAUUGCGUGGAUCGCGCCGCUCCCGAUGGAGGCCCGCGCGGCCGUGUGCUUGCUCGAUCGGAAGCACAGCUGGGCGUUUCCGAUACAGCGCGGCGACGACUAUGUCGUCCAGGCCGGCGAGAUAUGCGGACACAACGUCGUCACCAGCUGUCAUUAG